AUGCAACAGCUUAGCAUGGAAGACUCCCGCCGACGUCAGCUUCAUAGCUGUGACCCAUGUCGCAAGGGCAAAAGAGGCUGCGACGCACCUAAAGACCGACAAAAUGGCACAUUCAGUACUUGCUCGAACUGCACACGAUGGAAAAAAGAAUGCACAUUCAACUGGAUCUCCUCAAAGCGCAUGGACUCGAGAGGGAGUCGAAAACGAAUCAAAAUCAAGACCACAAGCGCAGGUAUCGUGGGCUCUAAUGACGAAGCUCUUGAUGGGAUACUGCGCUCUGCACAAACGCAUACUGCCAAUCUCGGAGAAUUGCCGGAAUUGUUUGGCUCUCCUGAAAACACAGAUUACGCCUCAUCCUCGUCCUCUUCGCGCCCUGAGAAUUACUUUCUCGAGUCAUUCCAACUCCACAAUUCAAGUAGUGGCCAGUCUCAAUUAUUUCCUUGGACGAUGAAUAUCCCAUAUGGUUUUCAAGUUAAUAGCUCAAAUCCACAUGGAUCUCCGGACUCUUCCGUGGAGUCCGAUGUCCAGGCUGAAUCUUUGGAUUUACCACCAAGUUCCCUCGAUAGCACGUACAGCUCAUUAGCGCAACAUGAAUAUGCACCCACUCUUCACCUCACAUCGACGGUUCCAACGUGGAAGCAGAGUCGACACAAGCAUCCAUCAGAGUCUGCGCCUGACCGGAGCUCAAACACAGAAACACAAUGGAACUUUUGCAUCGCUUCUGAAAACGCAGCCAAGCAAAGCGCUCGUGCGACAAUGUCACGCAACCUGGUCCGCAUAUACCACGACAGCAUGGAAAAUGCUUUAUCAUGUUGGUUGACAGAGCACAACUGCCCUUACAGCGACUCAAUCAGUCAAGUAGUUCCUCAUCGAGGGAUGAAAGAAUGGGGUCCGAGUUGGUCAAACAGAAUGUGUAUUCGGGUCUGUCAGUUGGAUCGUGUAUCAUCCUCAAUACGCGGCAGAGCUUUAAGUGCGGCAGAGGAUACAAAGGCGGCUCGGGCGCUUCAUCUAGCGAUUAUGGCGUUUGCAUCGCAGUGGACUCAACAUGCACAGAAGGGCGCCGGUGCGUCAGUUCCUUCGGCAAUCGACCAUGAUGAGAGAUCUAUCCGAGAGAAAGUUUGGAACGAAGCCCGCCAUGCUUUGGAGCAUUCGAGUAGCAUUCCAUCGUUUCGUAUCGCAUUCGCAAACAUCAUUUUCUCUUUGACCCAGAGUCCGCUAGACAAAGGACAGGAAGCAAGCCUGGGAGAACUUUUGGAGAAUGACCGUGCACCAAUUUUCCUCGAAAACGCCAACCGCCAGAUUUUCACUUUUCGGCACAAGUUUACAAGACUGCAGCGAGAGGCUUCCAAAGUGAGAGAGCUUGGGAGGGGGUCAAGAGACCCGGCAACGGCAAACAUUCUGGAAAUGCCGCAGCCGUCCGAGUCUCCGCAAGCCGAUCCACUUCUGACUAGCCAAGAACAUCGCACUACCCUGGAUCUCAUGUUUUGGCUAGGCGUUAUGUUCGAUACCCUGAGUUCUGCAAUGUAUCAGCGCCCUUUAGUAGUGUCGGAUGAGGAUAGCCAAAUUUCAUCGGCCUCGCUGAAAAUAGCUGAGCACGGGUAUCAGCUUGAUUUGGAUCAUUGGAAUAUUCCAAAAAGCAAGACACAUGGAAAACAGGAUGUGUGGGGUGAUUUCUUUCUUCGCUCUGCAAUAGAACGCCAGGGAACGAGCCAAGUCCAACCGAGAUGGCCAUGUUCGUACGAAGAAGCUGCAUCGAUACUUUCGGAGGCGACUCCUGUCAAAGUGCUACUCUACCGUCGGGUGACACAGCUCCAAACUCUUGUUUACAGAGGUGCAAGUCCCGAUCAUAUUGAAAAUCUCAUCCAGAAGACCCUCCUGGUCUGUCAACACUGGGAGUCCACAUACCAGAGUUUCAUGCUCGAUUGCGUCACCAACCAUGAACUGCUUCCUUCUCGCAUACAGUCAUGGUACGUCAUCCUCGACGGCCACUGGCACCUCGCUGGGAUGCUUUUGGCGGACAUGCUAGAGAGCAUUGAUAAAUGCAGGCUCGGCUCUGAUGUUGCACGUGAAGCUCGGCGAGCUACACAUUUGGUUGACACGCUUAGAACGAAUAAUGCGUUGGCAGUUGGCGGACUUGCCCGAGCUUCGAUACAAGGGCAGGAGUCGUUCAUGAACCGUUAUUUCCAUGAUUCACUCAGUGAAGUGGCCUUCCUAGUUGAACCGUGGACGGCCGUGCUUGUCCAUUCUUUUGCCAAGGCGGGAUAUAUCUUGCUGGAAAGUUUCGAUAUUUCCGCAGAGCAAGAUGUUUAUACCGAGUGCCUACGUCAGAAUUGUGAAUUCUCAAUUCGUGCGCUCCAAUAUCUUGGAAGAAAGUCCGAUAUGGCUUUCCUGGUGGCUCGAAACUUGUCAAGGUCUUUGGAAUUAAAGCUUGUCCAAGCAUCAUGA